AUGCACGUUACAAUCCAACUCGGAUUUCGAUAUAUAUGGGUUGAUCAACUGUGUAUCGACCAGACAAAUGCUCAAGACAUGAGCUGUCAGUUGGGUCAGAUGAAUACUAUUUAUAACCAAGCGAGUAUCACCAUAAUAGCUGCUGCCGGGGAGAGUUCAUCGUAUGAUUUACCUGGUGUCGGGCAACGUUCUCGUACGAUUCCAAAUAACUUCACCCUCAACGGAACGACAUGGAGAUACAAGCCCAUGUCGUUCAAAAGUCACGUGGGCGCUUCAAAAUGGUCAACAAGGGGGUGGACGUACCAAGAAGCAGUCUUCUCACGCAGGUGCGUCAUCUUUGCUGAUGACCAGGUCUUCUACCAAUGUGGAUGCAUGACUUGCGCCGAGGAAUUGAUACAAGACUUUGCAAUUUGCGAACGUACAGUUUUCCCCAUAUUUGAGCGGAUCUUAUACAAAGACUCAGACAUAGGCACAUAUUUACCAAGGAGUUGGAGGUUCAUGACAAACUUGGAGGCAUACUCCAAGCGUGAACUUACCUACGACUCCGACGUGUUGAGGGCAAUGGGGGGUGUUUUUGGCUUCUAUGCCCAACUAGAACCAUCAGUAGAACAAUACUGGGGUCUACCACUACGAUGGGUUGGCUGUCAACUCUCCAACCUGGAUGAGAAAAAUGUUUACUAUGCUGCAAAAUCGAAGCAUAAUGAUGUCGUGGGUGCUAUCCUCUGGGCAAUGCUAUGGGAGCCAGCGUGGAGUGAUAUCCACAUUCUAAAGACUGGUUUUGUCAGGAGGAAUGGUUUUCCGACAUGGUCAUGGUCCGGCUGGAAGGUCGGAGUAAGAUGGAACUUCUUGGAGAAUGUCGAACAUCUGGAAAAGAGCUUUACAGCGCCCCUAUUUGUGGAAACAACAGCAGGAGGACUUUUGGAACUAAACGACGCGCUUGCACGGUCGCUCACUUCCGGUCAAUCCUACGCGAGUUUGGGAUUGACCUAUAUCUUGAGAAUAACGGUCAAGGUUUUCGAUGUCCCUUUCAUUGAACUCGCGCCCUACAGGCCUACGACAAGCUGGGCAAAGAGCGACUCGUUUCCUGCCAGACGCAAAGGCCAGCACUGGGUCACCAUGGAAGACCACUCCCUCGAAGGGAAGUGGACUCAUUUUGUUGUUCAAAAGAACAUCGAGACUUCUGAGAGAGGACUGGUCUGGUCCUUGGAUCUCACACAUGGCGGUGCAGCCACUAGCUCCGACCUUGUCUUCGACACCGACACCAACGUUAAUCCCAUGACACUCCGAUGUAUAGUCAUCAGUUACGACUACGGGAUGAUUGUACAGUGUAGCAGUGGCAUCUCUAAGCGAGUCGGGUUGUUGCGCUUUGAAGGAGAGUUCUUCGAGGAUGGUCGAAUAAAUACUGACGAAUACGGCCACCACGAUGAUAGCGUGAAAUGGCCAUGGACUGACUCUGUGCAGAGCAAAGACUUUAGAGACCACUUUCCAGGUGUUGAGCGGACUGUACGUUUAGGCUAG